CUUUUAAUUAUUUCGUUCUACUUUUGUCUCUUACAAUUUUGUCUCAUAAACGGUGAAUACACAACACAACACUACAACUACAUUGCGUUGGUAAAAUUUAUCAAAAGAAUUUCCCCUUCCUUUCUGCAAAAUUCUCACUCACGACAGUCCCCUAGCAGCUCCUCUCUUUCUCUCUCUCUUUCUUUUUCUUUUCCCUUUACUGGCGCUUCUGUCCUCCUUUUUCUUCCGCAUCAACAACACCUGAAAACUCUUUAUCUUCCUAUUCUUUUGUUGGUUCAGAUUCCGAAUAAUUAAAGAAAGAAAGAAAGAAAGAAAGAAAAGCCCCAAGUAAUGUCAGGUUUGUAUAAUCCCAACUUCUCUCCUGCAAGAGCUGCUUCUCCCCAGAUUAGAAGCAGCGCUGAUGCUGACAGCCAGUACCUGUCGGAGCUGUUGGCUGAGCAUCAGAAACUCGGACCCUUCAUGCAAAUCCUUCCUAUUUGUAGCCGACUAUUAAAUCAAGAGAUUUUGCGGGUUUCUGGAAUGAUGUCCAACCAAGGUUUUAGUGACUUCGAGAGACUACGACAUAGAAGCCCUAGUCCAAUGGCUUCUUCUAACCUUGUGUCAAAUAUUUCUGGCACAGGUUUUGGCGGCUGGAAUGGACUUCCUCAGGAGCCAAGAUUAAGUGGAAGUUCUGGAAUGACAAUGGACUGGCAAGGUGCUCCUGCAAGCCCUAGUUCAUUUACUGUAAAGAGGAUUCUGCGAUUGGAAAUUCCAGUGGAGACAUAUCCAAAUUUCAAUUUUGUUGGGCGGCUCCUCGGACCUAGAGGCAAUUCUCUGAAACGGGUAGAAGCUACCACAGGAUGUCGUGUGUAUAUAAGAGGGAAGGGAUCAAUUAAAGAUCCAGAAAAGGAAGAGAAACUCCGUGGAAGACUUGGUUAUGAACAUCUGAACGAACCGCUCCAUGUCCUAAUUGAGGCUGAUUUACCAGCCAAUAUCAUUGACAUCAGGCUGAGACAGGCACAAGAAAUUAUAGAAGAACUACUCAAACCUGUGGAUGAACCAAAUGACUACAUCAAAAGACAACAAUUGCGUGAAUUAGCAAUGCUGAAUUCAAAUUUCAGAGAAGAGAGUCCUGGUCCCAGCGGCAGUGUCUCUCCUUUCAACUCGAGCGGGAUGAAACGCGCAAAAACUGGUCGCUGAGAGCUCACAUUACUCUGUCCAAUACAUUUUUCCUCUCUAUUAUGCAAAUUGAUCACUGAAAUUCCUGCCAGCAGGUCAGGAUUCAGUAACUGGCAUAACUACAAAAAUGGAUGGUCAAUAUUCUUUCUUUCUUUUUUCCUUUUUCCUUUUUUUUUGUUUUAGUUUAUUUAUUAUUUAUUUUUAAACAACAGAAAGUUAAGAAAUGUCUUUCUUUCUUUCUUUUUUUUUUUUCUUUUUUUUUCCCAUUGAGAGAGAAGGGCGUAGUGAGUAAAGAUUAUUUCGUUUUGAUUGGGGGGUUGCUAUAUGGCGAGUUCGUUCGGUCUUAUAAAUUGAAUAUAAUUAUUGGAUUUAUUCUUGUGUUGGUGACUUUUGAGAAGUGUGUAAUAUUCAUUAAAGACAAGCAUUAGGCUGGAGACAGUAGGUGUUGUUUGAGAGACAUAUAUACUAUUGUUUCUUAGAUUCUA